AUGGAGGCAGAGAUGGGUGACUGGUGCCGUUCUGAGGAAACAGUGUGGGCUGAGCUUUCCUCAGUGAACCUGCGUCCCUGUCUGCUCUCUGCCCUCUCUUUGGAUGUUGCUCUGCAUCCUGACCCAGGUGUCCUGCCUUGCAGGUGUGGGGGCACGGUCGGUGCCAUCUUCACAUGUCCGCUGGAGGUCAUCAAGACCAGGCUUCAGUCCUCGCGGCUGGCUCUGCGUACCUUCUAUUACCCGCAAGUUCACCUGGGGACCAUCAGUGGGGCCGGCGUGAUGAGACCAGCCUCCGUGACACCUGGACUCCUGCAGGUUCUCAGGUCGAUCCUGGAGAAGGAGGGACCAAAGUCGCUGUUUAGAGGCUUGGGUCCAAACUUGGUUGGAGUUGCACCCUCAAGGGCUGUGUACUUUGCCUGUUACUCCAAAGCCAAAGAGCAAUUUAAUGGCGUUUUCGUGCCUAACAGCAAUAUUGUGCAUAUUUUCUCUGCUGGUUCUGCAGCUUUUGUCACAAAUUCCUUAAUGAAUCCUAUAUGGAUGGUCAAGACCCGGAUGCAGCUAGAACAGAAAGUGCGGGGCUCCAAGCAGAUGAACACACUGCAGUGUGCGCGGUAUGUGUACCAGACUGAGGGCCUCCGUGGCUUCUACAGAGGGCUGACUGCCUCCUACGCCGGCAUCUCAGAAACCAUCAUCUGUUUUGCCAUCUAUGAGAGCUUAAAGAAGUACCUGAAAGAAGCUCCGUUAGCUUCUCCUGCAAAAGGAACUGAGAAAAAUUCCACCAAUUUUUUUGGACUCAUGGCAGCUGCUGCUAUUUCUAAGGGAUGUGCUUCCUGCAUUGCUUAUCCGCACGAGGUCAUAAGGACACGGCUCCGGGAGGAGGGCACCAAGUACAAGUCCUUCGUGCAGACAGCGCGCCUGGUGUUCCGCGAGGAGGGCUACCUCGCCUUCUACAGGGGGCUCUUCGCCCAGCUUGUGCGGCAGAUCCCGAACACGGCCAUCGUGCUGUCCACCUACGAGCUCAUCGUGUACCUGCUGGAGGACCGCAGGCAGUGACAGUCACACACUUGUUGUGCUUAGAAUAAAACUGAGAACCUCCAAGGUCUCUGUUCCAUUGCUGUGUAGCGUGUCCCAGA